UGAUACUUUUCUUGGAAUUAAAUUUUCGUAUUUAAGUUUUAUACUUAACCCAAAUCCACAUUUCGUCUUCUUCUUCUUCUUCUUCUUCUUCUCCAAUGAUUGUUCUCUCAGUCUCAGUCUCACUCUCACUCACAUCAUUACCAUUCUCUUACGCGCUUUCUCCGACUACGUGCAAACCACGUGCCUCUCCUCCACGUAGCACCGUCUCGUUAAUUUCUUCCAGGAGACGACAGGAUCGCCGCCGAUCAAUUGAGGCUGUGUCUCGUGAUAUCCAUGGUUCCGAUUUGUUGGAAUUGGAAGAUGAAUCUGAUUUCGAGAAGCUUCUCUCAUCUGAUAAUCGGAUCUCCAUCGCUGGCUUCGGUUCUCUUCUCUCUGAGAGAAGCGCGAGGAGUACAUUUCCAGAUUUGGAGAAUUUCAGAAUCGCGAAAUUGCAAGGAUUCCGACGAGUUUUCGCUCACUCCGCUCCCAUCUUCUUCGAACUUGGGAUCGCAAAUCCUGAAACUAAGGAGAUCUCAAGCUUGAGUGUUGAGCCAUGUGAAGGAGAGAGCCUUGUGGUUACUGUCUUUGAGAUCAAAAGCUCAGAGAUUCCGGCUUUUAUUCAAAGGGAGCUUGAAUUCCGGUUUCUCGCUGUUGUUCCUGAAACAAUGGAAGGCAAACCGUACACCAAUUCUGCGGUACUUUGUGGUCGAUACAGUGAUGAGGAGUUCUUCCAGAUUAGAUGCAAAGGAAACAAAGAGAUUUACUUUCAACAUUAUGGAAGAUUCAACAUCGAGAAGAUUUGGCGGGACGACAUCUUACCUUGUCGUCUCUAUCUAAGACAUUGUGUGUUGGCUGCUAAAAACCUAGGAGAUGAAGCUUACAAUAACUUUCUGGAUCAUACGUUCUUGGGAGAUCGAAAAACGACCAUCAGAGAGUAUUUAAGCAGCACAGGGUCUGGUAUCAUGGAAGAAGAACCACCAGAGGCUCUCAAGUCUAGAUAUGGAGGUUGAUCAAAAGCCGAAAACUUUUAAAAGAUGAUUUUUCUAUCAAACAAACUUCAAACGUUACAAAUAAAAAUGAACUUGUAGGUUUUAAAUGUUUAAUUGUUAUCGAAGCUGGUUAAAAGAAUAUAGAAAGAAGAAAAAUCAAUAAAUGUCCCACAUCGGGAGUUUUAGAGAA